AUGGUGUCCGCUUCCACCAACAACCUGAACCCACACGCAGACACGGGCCACCAUCCGCCCGCACCACCGGUUGCUGCAGUGGCGACCGCUUCGACAUCUACUGGACCGUCCGGACAGGCAUAUGGGGGGACGCCCCCGCCGCGGUCGACCACGGGCCCGGCGGGUUCCAACUUCGCGAACAUUGCCGUUGUCGCCCUGCGUGCCUUGCGUCAGCAGCAGCAGCGGGCUCAGGCUGAAUGCAACGACUUUAUGCAGAGGCUUCUGCCCACGGAAGUGCCGCCGUCUCCUUCGCAACGGAAUGCUCCGCCGCACGGGCAGCAGCAGCGCCCCAGCCCUGACAAUGGCGGAGACAGCAAGAGCACCCAAAAGAGAAAGAGAAAGUCCGGUAGAAAGGCCAAAAAGAAAGACACGGACGAGCGCCAACCAGCCGGGACGGGCGCUACUUUCUAUCCGCCUGGAAGCGUGCCGUCAGGGGCAUGGACCGCUGUGCCGGCGACAACAAGCCCGUCUACGAAUCCACGGGCAGCGAGAGGGCGAGGUCGAGAGGCGACGCUACCGGCGUGGAUGACUGCGACCCAAGAAACUCCGCCCGGUGGACUUCAACAGCAAGCGGGGCCUGGAACCGAUUCCCGGAUGCCCGGACCUUCGGGUUCCCACUCAUCUGGGCCGCAACAGAGUGCCCGAACCAAGGCCCACGGUGACAACAAGACAAAGAAUGAAUCGGGUCCAAAUGACAAGAAAACCCAAGGAAGAGGAGCCACCACACUGGCGUCCGCAGCAUGGCCUACCGACUACCACCAGGAAACGUCAACAACGGUUGCAGGGAACGCUCGAGGAGCCCUGCUCGGGACGACGGUCCCUUCCAGGGCAUGUGCAAAUGCUGCGCCAGGCGGGUUCCAACAGCAACCGCAGCUUGCGAGCCCUCGGGUGCCUCGACCUCUACCGGCCGGGUUGAGCUCGUCUCGCCCCGAAGAGAAUAAUCAAAUUGCGGCCGGGACAAGCACUACCCAAUCGGCGUGGCCUUCACCCGCCAAGCUAGAGAGCAGCGAUGGGAAUGCGAUUAUUGCUGGACCUGCACCCGCAGCUACGGCCGAGUCAAACCACCGUGCCACCGAGCAUGGGUGGGUGGCAGCGGUCGGCGCUUUCCACGGCCAGGAGGCGUCAACAACGGCAUGGGCAGGGAGCGGCAGUGGGCCUUCAAGGCCCAAGAGAAACCGGGAAGAAGAGCUGACGACGACCGAGAUAACCACCCGACUGCGCAAUCCGAGCAAGGCGCCGGGGCAGCAGCAGAAGCAGCAAACGCCUGACGAGAUGAUGGACAUGGUACGGCGGAUGGCCAGCAUGGGAAUAGCGACGGUGCCGAAGAAGAAAAAAUUGACUCUUGACGCAAGCAGCGAGCCGAAGGUGAUUUUCAACAUAAAGCUCAAUAAUAGGGCGGUCGCACGUGUUCGCGUCUUGUCGUUCACGCCCGCGGUGGUGCUAGCGUAUCCUGUCGAGCACCACAACACGCUUUGGGUGAGGUUACCGAAUGGCGGAAAUCCUGACGGCUGCGGUUGCUGCGCAGGCGCCAGGAACAAAAAGAUCGUGGCCCUGAUCGCUACCAGGGCCCGAUUCCGGAUAAUACACCACCAUGCUCUUCCGAGUCAGCAGCAGUUGGUACUUUAUGAUCCACCAACCUCCAACAUCGCCAGCGGCCGAAGCGGCGCAACCAGAAGCAACCAAUCGUCGUGGGGUCCGCCCGCCCGUGCCCCUCUUGCCAUCAAGCCUUCAACUUGGACGACCCCGAAGCCGCCGCCGCCUCCCCCCUCUCCCCUUGUGGUUCUCGACGGAACCGAUAUCGCGCUUACCUACUGGAGAACGGAUGACCGGUGGUCCGCUCUCCAGCCUCUGCUGGCAAUCCAGUUUUUCAAGGAAUGGGGAGUGCCAUGCGUGGCCUUCCUACCCCGCGAACGCGUCUGCAGCGUCACCCUUCAAGACGGGGGAUCGCCGACUAGUUUCGAGGGAGGCUUCCUGCGGUCGGAUCUAGUGCACAAAGACAUGCGUCGACCAGUAGUAGGAGUCCGCGCUGGGUCAUACUCAUUGCUCACGUUUGGCAUGCCCCGCCCCAACCCCUUCAACCCGGUCGGCUCUUCCCCAUUGGUGACAGAUUUCUACACCGCGUUUCACGAGGCACGGAGCCGCAGAGCGAUCUCAGAAAUUCCACAGGGGGCAAACGCGAGUCUUUUCAUUCUUAAGCGCGCCAUCGAACACAACGCCUACGUAGUCACUAACGCGAAGCUCAGCGGCCACAUCGCCAGCCCGGCGACACUAGCUUCUCUGGGGCAGACCAAGAACGAACUACAAUCGUACCUCUCCCGCUCUCAUGUGCGCUACACAUUCGCCGGAGAUGACUUCACGCCCGACCCUGAAGCGCCACUCAUCAAGAUGUUCGCGAAGCAGGCGUCGGGAGCGAAUUAG